AUGAUUGAAAACGAAUUCCGGCCGUUUGAUUAUACACUAGCUGCGUACAAGAAGUAUGGCCGUAUCAACCCGCAAAUUUUCUCUCCAGACACUAACAGCUGUAGAAUUACUGGCCAAGGCGAAGAGACCGGCUUCCCCAACGGCGAACUUGCGAGUCAAUUAUCACUUAAUACUCAGCCACAGGCCUUGACCACCGACGAGGCGACACCAGCCGCGAUGGCUACCAAUGGAGGGGUCCCGAGAAACGCCCCACUUUCAGCACCGCUACGUAAGAGCUCGAGUCUGGAAAGGCGACCGGGCAGCAGUCACAGUGGUGUACCACGACGACCAGUCUCGAAGCCACCCCCGAUACCACAUUACCCCAGCGAGUACUCUAAUCAGAGAGCGGCGCCUCCAGUUGCAGCUGGAAAGAGGGUCACCAGCCCGACUGGCGGAAUGCAGGUCACACUUGAUGGAGGUGGCAGCUGGUCAGACCUAGCCCGACAAGACGCUACACUUCCCACCGACGCGAACGCUGUUAACGACGGCAAAACCGAAAGCUCAGGAGGCGUAUUCAGUUUUUUCAGAGGCAAGAAGGGUAGAGGACACAGCCCUAAGCCGAAGGAGCGAGGAGUACUGGGCAAAGAGGGCGCCAGACAGAUCCUUAACUAG